AUGCAAGCUCACCUCACUAGAAGGGUCUUCCGGGCUAUUCUGAACAAUGAGCCGCUCUCGUCCUCACAAUGUCGACAUCGAUUACUACAUACCCUCCGAACUUAUCGAUCCCAAGGGCCAAUCUUUUCUAGGUUCUAUCACCUCCAGCGACGUGGGUUUUUCGCUCGUAAUGUGGGACCGUCAGCGACUCCUCAACCCGCGACUCUGCCAUCGGAAGCCGGUUUAAAGCCAAUGAGCGACUUGAUGAGGGCGAUGCGUGAUAAAAGUAGAGGGCCUGCAAAUAGUGUUCUCGCGAAGGCCUUUCAAGAUUUCUUUGUGGCACGAGCGGUUAUUCCGGGGGUCAUUACGGGUUUUCAGGCUCGCCUGCUCCUUGUGACUUGGAAACACUUGCGAGCUAACGAGAGCGACUUGGAGUCCGAAGAUUGGCAAUUAGCCUUUUCUACCGAGAACUUGGAGAAUGUCCUGUUCGUCCUAUCCCUCGCGAGGUGCCUACCGGAAUCUCGCGAAGUCAUUCAAAGAUUAGCCCGCUACGUGUUUCUGGAACUUUGCGCAGACCAUGGUUAUGGAGCCAACCAUAUAGGCCGACCCGCACUCAUUGCCUAUAUUAAUAUCCAGGCGCUGAAUGGCAACCCUGAAGGAGCACGGCAUGUUGUCGAGAAGUUUUGGAACAGGCUCUGCAAAACUAACCCCUCUCCUUGGCUUACGGUCUUGAAGGGAUUCGCGAUCAAUGGAGAUAGGCGUCUCCUCAGACGAACAACCGAGAGUCUUCAUGACUAUGGCGUAAAAUUCGACCCCGCCUCCCACCAAGAGGUGCUCAGAGUCCUCAUUGAUCAUGAUCUCCUGGCUGCUGUCAAGAUAAUGUAUGAGUGCCCUUUGUUUGAUGGUAGGCAGCCUACUUUGGCUACGAAAGAAGCUGUGAUCAAAUAUGCAAUUCUGCAUUCUGAAAUGGCAUGGGCGGAACCUAUCUUUAAGUCACUCUCGCAGAGACCAAUCACAGAGACCAUGGGCAUUACGCUGCUUUGGGAAGCGGCCCAUGGCAAAGAUGCAUCUGCAAUCACGGAAAAAGUCAGGACUCUGAUCAAAACUAACCCAGAAGCGAAGUCAUCCCUCACGAUUGAAUGUGUGAACAACUUGAUUGCGUAUGCCAAUUUUAUCAAUAAUCCUCAAUUGUCUGCUGAGUAUGCUGCCUUAAUCUCCCACUGGGGUCUGCAUUCCAACAUUCAAUCGCGUUUGUUGAAACUCGAAUCCUAUAUUCAAGCCGGCGAUGUGGAAAGAACACUAAGCCAUGUUCAGGACUUGCAUGAUAUUAACGAUAUAGCUAUUGAGAACAUGCCGCUGAUGAACAAGCUGAUAACAAUGAUUUGUCUGUCGGGGCAGGGAGAUGCUCUGUUCGAUCAGAUUUCAUCUGUUCUUGACCCAUUAUUCGAGAACAACGUUCACUUAGAGCCGGAGACGCUGGCAGCACUAACACAUAUGUUAAUCUAUCGUCGUGACUGGGAGGGAGUGUCGGAUCUCCUUCGACCUCGCCUGGCCUCAUAUGAUGACGAAGGAAGAUCGAAAAUACGAAAAGCGCUCACCAAGUUUAUCUUAGACCUGAGCCAAGAUAGCGCAGGCGCUUGGGAGGCAUACGGAUUAUUGCAGCUUGCGUUCCCCGAAACAAGCGUUAGCACUCGAACCGAGAUCAUGACAGCAUUCUACAAGAGAAACCGAAGUGACCUGGCAUACCUAAUAUUCGGGCACAUGCGGCAGGCCGAGGACUUUGCUCGCCGUCCAAAGCCAGACACCUAUACCAAAUGCUUCCGGUGGAUAGCUCGAACGCACGACACAGAACAUUUAGUGCUAGUUCACAACAUGCUCAAACUAGAUGUCGAGGUCGACCUUAACACCAAGCUGCUAAAUGGGCUAAUGCACGCUUAUGCCGCCUGCAACAUGCCCGAGAAGAGUAUGGAAGUGUUCCGCCAAAUCCUUCAGUCGGACGAAGGGCCCACGCAUAAGACAGUGGCUAUCUUUUUCAAGUUAUGCGAAAAACACCACAAUGGUGCACAAGAGGCAAUUAAGAUGAUGGAGAAGGUUAAACUUCUCGAAAUCGAAGUGGAUCGCCGGCUGUACAUGGCAUAUGUCGAAGCUCUCGCUGCGCAAUGUGAGUUUGACCUCGCCAUAGAGGCUAUAGACAAGAUGCACAGUGAAACAGGGUACAUGCCCAAUCAUAACUCGAUUGGCCUUCUCUACAACGCGGUCCCAUAUCAAUAUUGGAAAGAUGAGGUGGAGAAAUGGGCCAAGGAGAAAUACCCUGAACUUUGGGCCCAACUCAACGAGAUCGAACGCACGGAGGAAGAGGAGGGGUUGAGGUUCAACAUCACCGGCUACGAAAUCGUCGUCUAA